CUCCUAAGCCUCACACAGUUUUGGGAACAGAGCGACGUAAACGUUAAUUUAAAUAUCUCCAGAAGAGUCAAACCACUAGUUCUUAAAUUAAAUUAGUAUUAAAAUUAAAAGUUUAAUAAAAAUUAAUAGUGUCGCCAGAAAGUAUGGACGUAGCGUCGUAUAGGAAAGAAUUCACAGUGGAGCAACUUAUAAAGGCAAAUAUAAUGAAACAGAAAAAUCAGCAAACACCUAUAAAAGAUAUGGAAGACAGAAUAACAAAAGUUGAAAAUGAAAAAGAUAAUGCUGCAGAUAAUCAGGCACAAACAAAAGAUUCCGCAUCGGAGAAGAACAAUUUGACAGAGUGCAGAAAGGCUAAGAAAUCUAGAUACAGGACGACGUUCACUGCGUUCCAACUACAAGAAAUGGAGCGAGCAUUCGAGAAGGCCCCAUACCCAGAUGUCUUUGCGAGAGAGGAGCUGGCUAUGAGGAUAGGGCUCAGCGAAGCACGAGUCCAGGUAUGGUUCCAGAACAGAAGGGCAAAGUGGAGGAAGAGAGAAAGUCCGAGAAAACCAAUGAAUUAUCAGUCAAGUCCCUAUUCUCCAUUUUCCCAGUCUCAAUACCUGAACACAGCGCUCUCUGGUAUUAACUACAACCCUCUAGAGAAGUUCUCACUAAUGACGUCACAGUAUGACUCAACACCAGGUGUCGCUAGUGCCUUCCAGCCACGAUUCUCACCAUAUAUGCAGUUCACUGGUUACCCUAUGACAGCUCCUUUCAGUCCAGGGCCUUACCCAAUCUCAACCACAACAAACAUACAAGAUCACAUGAUGCAGAACUUACAAGACCGAAAUUCCAAUUGCCAAAUUUCCCAGAAUGCAACACUAACUGAUGAUGUCACAAUAGACAAUAAAAAAUUGAAUCGUCCAAUAUGAACCAACACAACCAUAAUAUCUGUCAGUAAGGGCAUAACCCCAAUAUGAAAAUUCUGGCCAGUAAGGAAAGGAAUAUGCAAUGGUCACCUCAAGACUAUACCUAUAAACUGUCAUCAACUGAUAAUUAAGAAAUCAUUAAGUUGACUUGAUAGUUUCAAGACUGACACUGUAGUGUUGGG